AUGGGACUGGAGAGACGGUGGCUUCAGGCUGUCACCACUGCUGUAGCCAUCUGUCUGCUAAGUGUGUCUCAAUGUGUGGCAUCAUUGGUUCGUGCCAGAGAGGGGGGCUCUGCAGAACUAAGCUGCAAUCUCACUCCUACAUCCAAAGAAGCCACCACCCCAAACCUCUUCCCUCUGCAUGUAGUGGAGUGGGUGCGUCUCGGUUACAACGUUCCCAUCCUCAUCAAAUUUGGAGUGUAUGCUCCUCGAGUUCAUCCAAACUACAAGGGCCGCGUGUCUCUGACCCGGGAUGCUUCUCUGCUGGUGGAUCGGCUGACCCUGGAGGACGAGGGCUGGUUUGAAUGUCGCAUUCUGCUCCUGGACAGCAAAAAAGACGACUUUAGAAACGGCACAUGGACCUUCCUCUCCAUCACAGCUCCACCUGUGUUUAUCAAGACACCACCGACCUUUGUGGAGGUUCUGCUCGGAGACUCAUUGACUCUCAGCUGUGGAGCCCAUGGCAACCCUCGACCAACUGUUGUCUGGCAUAAAGAUGAGAGCCAAAUAGAGAAACAUGAAAAAAUAAAAGUACUCAAUGGCACCUUGUCUAUGGCCUCUGUCACAAGAAAUAUUUCAGGAGUGUACAAAUGUCACGUGUCCAACACAGAGGGGAACCUCACCCACUAUACGCAGCUGCAGGUCAAAGGACCUCCAAUCAUCAUCCUCUACCCAGAGGACACCACCCUCAACAUGUCCCAGGAUGCAGUUCUGCAGUGUCAGGCUGAUGCCUAUCCUUCUAACCUCACUUACGAGUGGCUGAAACAAGGACAGAAUGUUUACCAUAUUGAGUCGCUUAAAUCCAGAGUGAAGGUUUUGGUGGAUGGAACACUUCUUAUCCCUAAUCUCAUUCCAGAGGAUGCUGGCAACUAUACCUGUAUCCCAACUAAUGGGUUACUCACCCCGCCCUCAGCCUCUGCACACCUCAAAGUGAAACACCCUGCACGUGUGGGCCGAAUGUCCCGAGAAACAUACUUGCCUUCAGGCAUGGAGGGGGUCAUUAUCUGCCCAGUCCAGGCUGAUCCCCCUGUGCUUUUUGUCAACUGGACCAAAGAUGGGAACAAUUUGAAUCUUGACAACUUACCAGGAUGGAUAGUGAACUCCGAGGGCUCUGUUUUUAUAGCAACAGCCAAUGACAACGCUGUAGGCAUGUACACAUGCACGGCCUAUAACAGUUAUGGCACCAUGGGACAGUCUGAACCCACCAAGGUCAUUCUGCAGGACCCACCAUCAUUCAAAGCGCGUCCUCUGCCUGAGUAUCUUCAGGAGGUGGGCAGAGACUUGAUCAUCCCCUGUGAAGCCAUUGGAGACCCCACUCCCAACAUAACUUGGAGCAAGAUUGGCCCUACUCCUCGCUCCCUUUACGCGGUGAUGGCCAACGGCUCCCUCCUGCUGCAGCCGCUCAGUAAAGAUCACCAAGGGGGCUGGGAGUGCUUGGCCACAAAUCGUGUAGCGACUGUCAGUGCAGGCACUGUGGUCAUGGUGCUGGGCACAAGUCCUCAUGUUGUGUCCUCAGUAACUGUCAUCACAGAGAUGAACCAGGCCAAUGUGUCCUGGGUGCCUGGCUUUGAUGGUGGAUACACCCAGAAGUUCACUGUGUGGGUCAAGCAAGCCUCUAGAGGAAAACAUGAAUGGGCGUCUUUGCCUGUGCCGACUUCCAAAAACUACCUGCUGGUGACGGGGCUACUCGCUGGCACCGGCUAUCAAUUCAGUGUCCUACCUCAGAAUAAACUCGGCUCUGGACCGUUCAGUGAAAUAGUUUCUGUGCGGACUGAAGGUUUGUUAACAUCUGUGCCAACAGAAGCACCGACAGCUGUCACCACUCUCCCAAUCCUGAAUCCUCCAAUACUCCUGUCAGCCAACCAGACUGACCGAGGCGUCUUCCUCCAGUGGUCGCCUCCAGAGGCUCCAUCCUCUCCACUGACAGGCUUUGUGCUGCAGGCCCGCCGGGAUCAGGGCCAGUGGGUCAUCCUCAGCAGCAACAUCAGUGCCAAUCAGAGUGAACUACUUGUACAAGGACUGUUUAGGGACUCCAGUUAUGAUCUGAGGCUGAUGUCUUGUAGCAACAAAGUUCUCAGUGAACCGAGUGAGUCUGUCAAUGUUUCCACCAAAGGGAUGGAGAUUUAUCCCCUGCGCCCAAGUUUCUUGGAGUUCAUCCCUGAGCCCCUGUUGGCCGGUGUGUUAGGAGGAGUGUGCUUCCUGUUCGUGGCCAUCAUUCUCUCGUUGGUGACAGCAUGCUACAUGAGUCAAAGGAGACAGCGUCGGCGCAGAAAGAGAAAACAAGAUCUCCCAUCUGCCCUCCAGAAGAACUCAUCCCCAGAAUCUCGCUCACCUCCUCGCAGCCCAGACAGUGUCCUAAAGCUGAAGCUGUGUCCGCCGCUUCCCUUCUUCCCCACCUCCUCACAGUCGGAUCGGUCAACCUUUGAUAAAGGUAGCCGUGGGGAAUACCACGACCAGCGGAAACAGCUCCUGAACAACUCAUCUCCACCACCACACUACACACUCUUUGAGAGUCACCUGGGCUCUCAGGACGCCUCACCAUCUGCUCUGGAGUCCAUCUCCAGAGGCCCAGAUGGGCGCUUCAUUGUCCAACCCCUGCCAGAAGGUUCCAGUCCCUCCAAUAAGAAAAACUCCAGGAUAGAGGUCCUGCAAAUCAAUGGUGGGGCAAGUGGCUCAGGGAGCAACAGGACGUCAUUCAGGGACUCUCCUAAGUCGAGCAUCUUAAGCUCAGAGAAGGACAAGAGGAGGGAUUCUCCUCUCACUGUGGACGUCCCAGAGCUCAGCAGACCUCCUUCCUCGCCUGGAAGAGUACGAGCCAUGGCCAGAAACUUUUCCCGUCACGGCUGCUUUUACUCUGACGACGAACAAGGCUCAGAGGCUCUAUUGGAAAGAGCCAGCUUCUAUUCAGACAACAGUGAGAAAAAAACCAGUGAUUCUCUCCGGAGAUAUCGCAUGCCAGGCCACACUGAAGAUAUGUUCCCAGGUUUCGGGAGGAGAACACUGCUGCUGGAUAGAGACAGAGACAGACAACACCAUUCAGAUUACCAGCCUCUAGAGAGUCAGCUGACUGAUAACAGCACCCUGGUCUCACAGCUUGACAGCGAGCUGGAGAGGGGAAGUAUUAAGAAGUGUUUCCAACUGGCUAAAGAGAGGGAAGAAAUGGAGAGGGAGCUGGAGAACUAUACAGCCGAUCAAAGAAGUCGAGGUCGUGGGAGAGACGAGCGACAGUCUAGUAAGACACAAAGCCCUCAAAGGGACGCACCCAAUGCAGAGGAAGAGCCUAUAUGGAAGCAACAAGAUGUUACAAUAAGACAGAAACACAGGCCCUCUGGUCAGACAAGUCGGGUAUCUGACUAUCGGAAAGCAUGCUACUUUGGGAACACCAGCAGUCCCAUGGACCGCCUCCCUUCGUCUCGUAUACAGUGGGACAUUAGCCCUGUUACAUCAGCCACCAGCCUCAUACCAGUACGGAGCCCCCGGGACACCAGCUCGCCCAGAUCACAAUAUGCUCGCACAUGUAGGGAAACCACAGACGACUCUCUUGCUGUUGAUUCAUCACGCUCUCCAGUCACUCAGAACACCUCCCUCCUCAUGCUCUCCCCUGACAUAACCUCAGAAAGUCCCCCUAUUCUGUGUCCAGAAACACCAGACAGAGCCAGGUCACUGAAUCCUCUUAGAGAGCCAGAUAGAUGCAGGAAGUCCAUGACUGAGCAGGGCUUAAGGGAAAAGAUACAGGAGGAAGGUGUUGCUUCAAGGUCCAGACAUUCAUAUGCUUAUGCAGGCACUCGGCCCUGGGAUUCAGCUGCCAGAGGUCCUUCAGCUGAGAGUGAGAGGCCUGAAAGUUCAGCCUCUGCACAAUAUAAUCAGCCUGAGAGUACUGCAAAAUACUACACAGCCACAAGGGAUCCCAGUCCAUCAAGUUAUCCUACCUUACCCUAUGAACAUCAUGAAGUAGGGGCAAAGGCCAAAGAAAAAGACACUCAGGCCCGGGAUGACCGACGUAGUUCAGGGUUUUACUCUGAGUUAGAGAGAGAGGGUGUGCGAACACGCUCCAGGAGAAGUGACAAAUGUCUCUUCUCCGAUAGUCCAAGCCCUGUUUCAACAUUGACACUUGUAGAAGAGGUGGAGAGUGACCAGUCCCAAGUUUCUGUCCCUGGAAUGUCAGGGUCCUUCAAGGCCAAGCCUGCAGCUCCAUCUCCCCAGAUGUCCCCACUACAGACAAGUGCAAUUCUUGAAUACCUGAGCCUUCCAGGUUUCAUUGAAAUGAGCGUGGAUGAGCCUGUGGACGACGCUGCAGUCACAGACACUGCUGGACAAAGUUCAGAACUAAAGCCAGAAAAAUCCCCAGUGGCUAAGCCUGAUGUAGUUCCUAAAAACUGGGAGGUUCAUGUUCAGGACAACCGGGACACACAAUCGUCCAACCAUUCUGCAGGAGCCAGCUUUUAUUCUGGUAAAAAAACAGGCCAUAAACACUCCCUCCAUGUGGAAGCUAGAGAUACUUCACAUAGAGUGAGAUUUCCAGAUGAGACAACACAAUCGUCGCCUGGUCCAGAGAAAACUAGCAAGCAGCUCUAUAAUGAGAAAACACAAAUUCGAGUUGUGAACAAAAGUACAGACAGACCUGAAUCCAGACUUGGAUCCAGGUCUGCUCAAACGUUGUUCAGUGCAGCUAGAGGAAUGGCGGACAUAGUGUCUAAACACUCACAGAGCUUUGUAGACAGCCAUGAGUCUUUAUCAGAGCAAUCCCAAAGACAAGCUUCUCAGGGCAGCAGGACUAACAACAUUGCAUCACGAAUAUGUCAAGCCCCUGUGCCGUUUCUAAAGAAGUCCUUGAGCAUAGGUCCUUGUAGGACACUGUCAGGUAUGGGACAGCCUCGUCCUUUCCUAAAGAAAUCCAUCAGCUUAGGCUCCCAGAGGUGGGAGCAUUUUGAGAGCCCUAGGACAUAUGUUUCUGAGAGAUGUUACUGGGACGAGUUCCCAAACCCAGAUGUCAGGGUAAAGUCCUACAGUUUGGGUCGCAGUCCGCCUUCCCUUCCCAGGCCAGGACCCUCCUGGAGGGAGUAUGUCCCAUUCAGACGCCCCAGCAUGGGGAGCCUGGAGAGGCCUCACCACGCACAAAGAUCUUUAGCAAGUCCUUCCUACCUCACUCCUUCUAUGUACCCACCUAGAAGAACCUCAAUGUCCCCGAUGCUGGAACCCUCUGAUCCACGACGGCAAGCCACUGUUUUCCCAGAGUCCUCCAGGUGGUCUCCUUCAUAUCAAGAUAUGAUGAGGUCUGCCCCGCAUAAAUAUGUCCCCAUGCCCUCUUCCAUCCCUGUCCCCCAGUACCAACACUGGCCAGGAUCCAGAGCGGACGGCAUGAGACCUAUGGAGCCCAUUAGGGGCCCUCCAAGGUCCUACCUGCCCAGAGGCAUCAGCUGGCCCUCACCUUACUAUUCCCACUUUCCGCCCAGAGAGGCAGAAAGUUACAGACAGCCAGACAGGGUGAUGAGGAGGGGAGGGGAGACGGAGAUCAGGGAGGUCAGAGAGACCAGGGAGGGAGGGAGGGCCAGCUAUGCCAGUCAGAGCAGUGGUAGAGGCAGCGCCGGUCUCUUCCGGCAGUCCCUGUCCAUCACUCCCACACUACUCAGCUCCCCCGAAACCACAGAGGAGAGCGAGCGGCACAGAGCUGAGAUUGAUCUGCCUGAGAGGAGAGUGAAAAGAAGGAACACAUCAGUAGAUGAGAGUUAUGAGUGGGACUCUGCUGAUGCGUGUGUGGACUCGGAGGUCCUGGAGACCAUGAGGUUUGAUCAGUCACAAAUGAGUUUUCGAAAAGGCAGGUCGGAGCUCAGAUAUGAUCAAACUGGUGGCCUCCAGGACCAGCGACAGAAAGGCCCGUGUCCCUCAGUCAGCCCUCCAGUUUCCAACCCACCUCACUGCCAGUACAGCCGCUCCCUAAGUGAGGCGCGUUUCAACGCACUCCGCCAGGAGUACCAAGAGUACAGGCAGAUUCAGGAAUCCAUCUGUUCCCGUGAUCCCUGCCUCGACAUUGGCCACGAUUCAGACUCUGACUCCGGCUCAGCUCUGCUCUAGCAGCUCAACUCGGUAUAUCUAAGACAGAUACCAAAAAGCAGUUGUAAUGAACAGACGACAGCACUGUGUUCCUGGACACUGUCACACAUCACUGAAGCUUACUCAUGUGAGAGAACUCAUUGUUUAGUUUUUAUCAUCUGUUACAGAAGAUUAAAGUAAAGCAAUUUAAAGAGACAGCAUCAUAUACUGUAUGCCAUCAAAUGUGACAGACUGCAACCCCUCCGUUGUUAUCAGCUGACAUAUAAUUUUUUCUUGUUCUUGUUCCAUUGUGCUUUGCAUAAUGAAGCUGAGAAGGGAUAUUUAUUUUUCUGAGAAGCUCGUGCAACUGUAUUUUGGGAUUGUUUUUUAAAAACCUUGACAAUCAGGCACACAGGGCCCCUUUGAGAAAUGAAACGCUCACCCUUGACUAAGACGGGUGUACAGAUGAAAAAACCUGUGCUUUAUAAAAGCAGCAGCAUGCUACAUAAUGAAGGUUGUAUUUCAAGUUCAUGUCUAUUUCAUUAAAGACUUCCCUUUGAUUAUAAAGGGAUGCUACUGACAAGUAUAUAGGUUUGUUUCCAAGAUAACAUCUGCUUGUGGAAAUGUCUAUCUGUAAUGUGUUGCCAAUCAAACACUGCUUGAAGCAUUUUCAACACCAUCUCCCUCUGUUAUAAUUAUAUAAUAAUACUCAAAAAUUACAUCAUUAGGCAACUCUGAUUGUUUUGUUCUUUGGUACAUCGUGGAGCAGUUCGCAAUAUCUAACUUACAAACAAUAAUUUACUGUAUUUAAAAGAGGAAUUUGUUUGUUAUUUCCCAUUGUGGUUUUCCUGUUGGUUCCCGGAACUCAUUUCCUGUUUUAUACAUAAUAUAUUUCACAAUAACGUUCACCUGUUGAGACUUUAUAAAUGAAAUCACUUCAAAUAGCCUCCCACUAUUUCUUCCAGAUGUACAAAUGUUUAUAUGUACCUUAAUGUGAAUGAAACCUGCUGUAUUGUAUAUUUCACUUCAUAAUUUCAUCAGAUGAGAAAAUGCUACUUUACUUCACCUGAAUUUGUCAAACAUUGUCUCUGUGAUAGAAUUACAGAUACCGUAAAACUUGAUAAAAUCACAGGGAACAUGAUUUAUGCCUUAUUUUUGUUAAUGUCACAAGCAUGCACUAGUUGAUUGACCAUGUAAGGUUUGAGCUAAAACCUUGGCUAAAAUCAAAACUGAUGAUCAGAGGAUUACAUUUUUUUGUUGUUAAUUUUUUACACAAGCACAUGAUGACUAUUUCUGUAUAUUUAUGAAAGUGAGUUAUGAUAUGCAACAAUGUUUACAAUUCACUUCAUUGAUGUGAAGGCAACACUGUGAAUAUUUCAUCGACUUCUGAUUCUGUAUCUGAAUUACUGGGAAGUCUCAUGAAUUCUGUGCCCUUUAGCCUACUUUUUUGUUUUGUUAUUUACUGAAAAAAAUGACUGAAAAAUGUUUUUAUUACGUCACCUGACAAACAGAGGUUUUAAAAAUAUCUUUGUAGCUAAGAUUCAAAAUUUGUACUAUAUUUAACCCAGAUGAAAGUCCUCAUAUGGAGCGAGUAUGCAUUUCUGAUGAUGGUUUUGGAAGUUUUGUACAAACUGGAAAUUUUUAUAUUCUCACCACCUGGUU